CGGAAGUGAAACAGGAAGUAUCGAGGUGCAAAAUGAGACAGUCACCCAAAACAAACCAAGACUGAAUUGUGAUAUAUGAGAUAACGAUGCAGUAGUUUUAUCUUCACAAACGCGAGAGUGAGUCUAUUUAAUGCUUGCAUGCCGUGUUUGUGAGCUUUGCGCGACGUAGCUGCGAAGCUACACGGAGCUAGUUUAGCCAACGGGGCUAACAAGAGCGAUGGAGGGCUCCAAGUCGUCGAGCACAACCAUGCAGGUCAGCUUCGUGUGUCAGCGCUGCUGCCAGCCGCUCAAACUGGACACAUCCUUCAACGUGCUCGAUCGGGUCACCAUCCACGAGCUGAUCGCCCCGCUGGUCACGGUGACACCGAGCAAACAGGCGGAGAGCAGCGAAGGCGAGGCUGCUCCAGAGGAGACUUUUGUGGAAAACAAGCAAGAUGGAGUGUCAAGAAAAUACAUCCCUCCUGCACGAAUGAUGUCAACAGAAAGCGCCAACAGCUUCACUCUGAUUGGAGAAGCAUCUGACGGCGGCACCAUGGAAAAUCUGAGCCGCAGACUGAAGGUGACCAGUGACCUGUUUGACAUCAUGUCCGGCCAGACAGAUGUGGACCACCCGCUGUGUGAGGAGUGCACGGACACUCUGUUAGACCACCUGGACACGCAGCUCAACAUCACUGAGAACGAAUGUCAAAACUACAAGCAGUGUCUGGAGCUGCUGUCACACUUACAGGUGGAGGAAGAGGAGACUCUGCUGGCAGAGUUGCAGCAGCUGAACGAGGAGGAGAAGGCCCUGGUGAAGGAGCUGGAGGCGGUGGAGGAGCAGCGGGCCGCCGUCGCCCAGGACCUGGCGCAGAGCCGGACCCACUCCCAGCAGCUGGACACCGAGGAGCUGCAGUACCAGAAGGAGUACAGCGAGUUCAAGCGGCAGCAGCUGGAGCUGGACGACGAGCUGAAGAGCGUCGACAACCAGAUGUGCUACUGCCAGAUUCAGCUGGACCGCCUGAAGAAGACCAACGUCUUCAACGCUACGUUCCACAUCUGGCACAGCGGCCAGUUUGGGACCAUAAACAACUUCCGUCUGGGUCGGCUGCCCAGCGUGCCCGUGGAGUGGAACGAGAUCAACGCGGCCUGGGGGCAGACGGUGCUGCUGCUGCACGCUCUGGCCAACAAAAUGGGCCUCCGCUUCCAGAGAUAUCGUCUGGUCCCGUAUGGAAACCACUCAUACCUAGAGUCCCUGACAGACAAAUCAAAGGAACUUCCUCUGUACUGCUCUGGCGGUCUGAGGUUCUUCUGGGAUAAUAAAUUCGACCACGCCAUGGUGGCCUUCCUAGACUGCGUGCAGCAGUUCAAAGAAGAGGUGGAGAAAGGAGACACCGGCUUCUGCCUCCCGUACAGGAUGGACGUGGAAAAGGGGAAGAUUGAAGACACGGGAGGCAGCGGAGGCUCCUACUCCAUCAAAACCCAGUUCAACUCCGAGGAGCAGUGGACCAAGGCGCUCAAGUUCAUGCUGACGAACCUGAAGUGGGGCCUGGCUUGGGUCACCUCGCAGUUCUACAACAGAUGAACCCGCUCCGACUCCGUCACCCACAUUUCUGAUGAAUAGAUCUAUUGUGACUGUUUGGACAUGUAACCAAAGGAAAAAUAAAUAUGUCAACAUCACUUUUGCAAGACUUUACAGUACAGAACCGCUUUUAACUGGUUACAAAGGGGUCAUUUAGUGUUUUGUCCAAGAUAAGUGUCAUGUAGUAUGAUUUUGUUGUCGGUUUCACUGAUUCAGAAAUGGUGUUGUCUUCAGAUUUGCUUUAAAGAUCUCCGUCACAAAUGGGUCAGACCUCCUGCAGUUCAGUUGUUUGUUUCCAUGAACACUAAAUGCUGGUAUUAAAAAAGUGUUUGAGUUCAUUUAUUCAUCUCCGUUGUGUUCGCCCUCUGCAGCACCUGCAGUUCCUAAUGUCGAUUGCAUUGAUUACAGUGGAAGUAGCUUUGUGUUGUUGGAAUUUCAUGAAUGAAACUGUUUCUAAAAAAAAAAAAAAAGUGAUAAUUUCAAUGAAGACACGUCACAGUUACCCAAAUCUUUUUUUUAAUGGUUUCAUUAAUCAUUUCAGUUGAAUCUUACCUCGCAUCACAACACUCAGUCAGUCAGUCAACCCCCCAAACCCCACACCCCCCCUUUCCAGGUUAGCACAACCAUUAGAGGGGGUAAAUCUCAUGGAAAAAUAUGGACUUAACAAUUAAAAUAAUACGCUGACUUCCAGUUAUCAAGUAAAGUAUUUCAAAUCGGCCGACGCCGGUCAGUCUUUCCAGAAUCAGCUCUCCUCUGUGUCUCUUUAGAACCUCGCAUGGCGCCGUGAACUUUGGUCAUCGGUCGCUCCUCGCCUUUCACGGGAGCGCGUCCUUAAAGUUCCAGGUUCAACCAAUCUACUUCUGGAAAUUAAAAAAAAAACAACAAAAACAAAACUAUAGUCUGAUAGAUGAUGUGUUUCAAGCAUAAUGGAAUGAAGUUCAUUGAUUCCUCUUCUUAACGUUUCCAGAGUAUAGGCAAGUGAUCUUCCACACGCGGCGGGAUUCUCC